UAAACAAAACUGAAACCUAUUAAUGACAAGUUAAAUUAAUGAGUGAAACUUCUCUUGUGAUUGUAAAGAUUUUUAACUUGUUACUUCAACGAAUUGUUGAAUGUUUUAACAUUUCGACAGAUCGGUUAUAAAGCAUCAAUAAAUUGUUUAUUCUUUUAUUUAUUCAAUCCUACAAUCUUUUUUACACCCUGUAGUUAUUCGUCUCACAGUAAAUUUUGUUGUUAAUCAAUUUUCAUUUUAGUCUAAUUUUUCACUCUUUUCCUACUGAAUAGUACUCACAAAAAAUAAUAGUAAAUUAUGUGCAGUUACUUCGAAUUACCAAUUUGGGCUGACUUGCUUCUAAUAUUUUUUAAGUGCAUCGUUUUUAUACUUAGUUAUGUAAGCAUUAUCUGGGGUGAAGUUCUAAUCGCAGUGCACUAUGAAGAUGUUUUGGCUGUUGGGCGAGCACCUGCUAUCAUGAGCAUCAUUGUUGGUGUUUUUGCAAUACUUUUCCAUUUAUUUGGGUGCUGGCGUUGUAUUGUGAAACAUAUUCCUGAUGCGUUAAGAGUUGUUUGCUGUAUUUCGUUACUUCUCAUCAUAGCUGAGUUCAUUAUCGGUGUUUUUGCGUUCAAAUAUAGCAAGCAAUUUGGUGAUGUAACUAUUGAACAAUUUCAAUCGAAGAUCAAGGAAGUUGAAGACGGAAAGGCGCCAGAGUUAAAGGAAAACAUGGAUAAUUUUCAAAUGGAAAUGAAGUGCUGUGGUGCUUUUAAUGCUUCUGAUUGGUUACAGAUUCCUGACUCUUGUUUUGCUGACCAAAAACAAAGAAAAGAUAUUUACACUGAAGGUUGUGUACACGCAAUUAAGAUACUUUUGGCUCCUACGAUGAAAGAAUUAGCUAUUUUUGUGCCCAUGUUAGCUUGUUCUCAAAUUCUUAUAAUGUUGAUACAAAUUGUCAGAUACCAUUACGAACGAGCUGAAUACGAACCUGUUUGAGCAAAAACGAAUCAUUGAUAAUGUCGUUUUAAACACCAUGUAAAUCGUAUACAAUCUUUGCCGCUCAAUCCGCUGACUUACUAUUUACUGGUUACAAAGAGUUUUCAUCAUAUCUUCGAAUAUCUUUCGCCUUAUUAAUAUUCAAUACGAAUGAUACAGAAAGAUCAUGAAUACGCAUUUAUUCCUCCUCAUUCAAAUCUUGCAACUACGUUAUUGAAUGUUACAUGUUUAUAAUAACACAUUAUACAUAAUUUUAAUAUUUUUGACUUUUUUCCAAUUAUAACCAAUAAACAAUUGAAAUUUUUGUAAA